UGAUCUGACCACGAAGCUCUCUUUUCCUCUCUCUCUCUCUCGCUCUGUCCGAUUCUCUCUCUGUGUCUCUCUGUACUAUCUCUUGAAAGAAAGAGAAACCAUGGAAGACAAGGGCGCAACGUUCGAAGACGGCGUGACCAGCAAUGGAAACGACGACAACAACAACCAUGGAUGGCAAAAGGUGACGUACGCCAAGCGCCAGAGGAAGGUUCCGGCGAAUCAGUCGGAUUCCGGCAAGGGUUUGACCAACGGAUCCGACGCCGCCGGCGGAUCCGAUAAGGUUUUCUCGUCGCUCGAGAAACAUUCGGAGGAGCGUCGCGGGCGAUUAGAGGCUCAGAGAGCGGCGAUCGCUUUGCAAUCGGAGGUGCCUGUGAGAUCGAAGCUCCGAUCCGACGAUGAAGGUGAUGAUAGCGAUUUCGAAGGAGCUAGUGAGGUUGUUGAGAAUGGAGCUGCUAAUGAGAAGAAGGCAAAGGUAAAGAAACCUAAGAAACCGAAAGUCACGGUUGCGGAAGCGGCGGCGCAGAUCGAUGCGGUUGAUCUGGCGGCGUUUCUGGUUGAAGUAUCGGGGUUGUAUGAAUCGCAACACGAUAUACAGCUGAUGCGGUUUGCGGAUUAUUUUGGUCGCACAUUUUCGGCUGUGAGUGCAUCUCAAUUUCCAUGGACUAAGUUGUUCAGGGAGUCAACCGUUGCAAAGAUUGCUGAUAUCCCUAUUAUUCAUAUUUCUGAAGAUGUUUAUAAGACAUCAGUUUAUUGGAUCAACCAACAACCCUCUGAGGCACUUCAGUCCUUUGCAUUGUGGUCAUUAGAUAGCAUUCUUGCUAACUUAGGAAGCCAACAAGCAAGUGUUAAAGGCUCCAAAAAGGGUGCACCAUCAACUUCAUUAAAAUCUCAGGUUGCUAUAUUUACAGUUUUAGCUAUGGUCUUACGACGGAAGCCUGAUGUUUUGAUUGGUAUAUUGCCAACAUUGAGGGAAAAUUCUAAGUUUCAAGGACCAGAUAAGCUUCCAGUCAUUGUAUGGAUUAUAGUUCAGGCCUGUCAAGGAGAUCUUACUGUAGGGUUGUAUGCGUGGGCACACAACCUCUUGCCUAUAGUUGGUGGCAAAUCAAAUUGUAAUCCGCAAUCCAGAGAUUUGAUUUUACAGUUGGUGGAAAGAAUUUUGUCUGUCCCCAAAGCUCGUACCAUUUUGGUAAAUGGAGCUGUCAAAAGAGGGGAGCGUCUGUUGCCACCUUCGGCCUUUGACUUGUUGAUGCGGGUGACGUUCCCUGCCUCCUCUGCUCGAAUAAAGGCAACUGAAAGGUUUGAGGCAGUAUAUCCUGCUCUCAAAGAGGUGGCUCUUGCUGGUUCUACUGGAAGCAAAGCCAUGAAACUAGUUUCACAGCAAAUAAUGACUCUUGUACUGAAAGCAGCUGGAGAAGGCAACCCUGAGCUGUCCAAGGAAGCAACGGGCAUUUUUAUCUGGUGCUUGACACAAAACCCUGAUUGUUACAAGCAGUGGGACAAGAUCUAUAUUGAAAAAGUAGACGUGAGUGUUUCUAUUCUGAGAAAGCUUGCCGAGGAAUGGAAGGAGUUUUCUGUGAAGCAGUCUUCUCUUGAUGCUCUGAGAGAAACCCUCAAGAGUUUCAGGCACAAGAAUGAGGAAGCGUUGGCUGGUGGAGAGGAUACUGCUCGUCAAUCGCUCUUCAAGGAUGCAGACAAGUACUGUAAGCUGAUAUUGGGAAGGCUAUCACGUGGCCGUGGGUGUUUGAAAAGCAUGGUCUUUGUUAUCAUUGCAUUCGGUGUCGGUGCUGCUGUCAUGUCCCCAAGCAUGGAGUCCUGGGACUGGAACAAAUUAUCUGUAUUGUUCUCUCAGCAAUCCUUCCGAGUGUAACAAGUUCUGCUUUUCAGCAAUAUUCGGCAUAGACAAAGUAAUCAGAUUUGCCCCCAUAAUAAAGCGGCAUAGAAUCAGGUACCGUUUGUAUACUUUUAUGAGCCUCGAUGGUAUACUGAAAUUAGAAAUAGUUUCAAGCACUACUGCAAGAAGAAAGAAAGUAUCAAUGCCGGCAAUUGUUCUGCUUUUUUUCGCCUUCAGGUGUGGAAAUCCCCUUGUAAGUCAAAAUUUUCAAUACCUCCAAACUAAUUUUAUAGAGAUGGAUGCAUGUGUAUUCUGGGAUUAAUGCUGCUUGAAUCCAAAACGGAUUUGAUGAGAUAGCUUUUAUUUUGUUUU